GCCAUCCUGGUGGCCGGCUUUGCCAGCCGAGCCCCGGCCCACGAGCACUUCUACCGGGAGCCCAUCGCCCUGCCCACGCUGCACGUGGUGGGGGACGCCGACGCUGUCAUCGCAGCCCCUCUCAGCAGGGAGCUGGCCCAGCGCUUCGUGGAGCCUCUUGUCCUCAGCCACCCCGGCGGGCACUUCAUCCCUGCGGCUGCGCCACAGAGGAAGGGCUAUCUGGACUUCUUGGACCGAUUCUGCCCCGGGCAGGGACCGGCCCGGGCCCCGCCGG